UUAAAAUUCUAUCUUUUUUAGGUCCAUGAUCAUUCAAGAGUAUUUGUUCUUGAAAUUGGGACUGAAGAGAUGCCGCCUCAAGAUGUUGUUGAUGCCAGUAAUCAACUGAAAUAUUUAAUGCUGCAACUGCUUGAGCGGCAAAGGUUAAACCAUGGUGAAGUGCAAGCAUUUGGAACUCCACGUAGAUUAGUGGUUGUUGUUGAAAAUCUUUACACAAAACAGGCUGAAAAGGAGGUUGAAGUUCGAGGCCCUCCUGUUUCAAAAGCAUUUGAUCAUGAAGGAAAUCCAACAAAGGCCAUUGAGGGUUUUUCUCGUAGAUACUCUGUACCACUGGACCUAGUAUUCAGAAAAGUCGAUGGUGAGUAUUCAGAAGAAGACUUGUUUACUGAGUGUAUUUUACUGCUAAUAUACCUCUGUACCAUAAGCUCAGUCCUGUAAUAGGUACCUAAUGUUGCAG